CUGCAUUUCCCAGAUCAUUUGUCACUGAAAUUUCGAACUCUUCGCCAGAGAUACCCCGCGGAUAAAGUGGUUUUCAUCAGAUAUACUGCUGCAUAAAACAAGAAAUCUACAGUCAAGACUAAUCCAAUCAUAAACAACUCUCAAAUGGCGUCCAAAGAAAACAUUGCGGACAACAUGGAGAAGUUCUCGCUUAAGAGUCCCAGCAAGAAGAUUCUGACGGAGAGCGCCAACAAUGUUCGCAAGAUGUCCAUUGGCCACGAGACAAAUGGUCAGGUGGUGAAGGAAUCCCCAGCGGAGAAUGGUGUGGGCAAGUCCGCCAACUCCCUCGUGGAGAAGUCCGUAACCCCCUUCGAUCCCUCGCUGGAACCACUCCUGCGCGAGAAUCCCCGACGCUUCGUCAUCUUUCCCAUCCAGUACCACGACAUCUGGCAGAUGUACAAGAAGGCUGAGGCCUCUUUCUGGACCGUGGAGGAGGUGGAUCUGUCCAAGGACCUGACCGACUGGCACCGCCUGAAGGACGACGAGCGUCACUUCAUCUCGCACGUGCUGGCCUUCUUCGCCGCCUCCGAUGGCAUCGUCAAUGAGAACCUAGUGGAGCGCUUCAGUCAGGAGGUGCAGAUCACGGAGGCUCGCUGCUUCUAUGGCUUCCAAAUCGCCAUGGAGAACGUUCACUCCGAGAUGUACAGUGUGCUGAUCGACACUUACAUCCGAGAUCCGCAUCAGCGGGACUACCUGUUCAACGCCAUCGAGACAAUGCCGGCUGUGAAGCGCAAGGCGGACUGGGCCCUUUCCUGGAUCUCCUCCAAGUCGGCCAAUUUCGGGGAGCGCAUCAUUGCCUUCGCUGCCGUCGAGGGCAUCUUCUUCAGCGGCAGCUUUGCCUCUAUUUUCUGGCUGAAGAAGCGCGGUCUGAUGCCGGGCCUGACCUUCUCCAACGAGCUUAUCUCCCGCGACGAGGGCCUGCACUGCGACUUUGCCGUGCUGAUGUUCCAGCACUUGGUGCAGCGACCCAGGCGCGAGCGCAUCAUCGAGAUCAUCCGCGAUGCGGUGGCCAUUGAGCAGGAGUUCUUAACCGAUGCCUUGCCCGUAAACCUCAUUGGCAUGAACUGCGAUCUCAUGUCGCAGUACAUUGAAUUCGUGGCCGACCGUCUGCUGGUGGAGUUGGGCGUUGGCAAAAUCUACAAUACCAAGAACCCCUUCAACUUCAUGGAGAUGAUCUCGCUGGACGGAAAGACGAACUUCUUCGAGAAGAAGGUGGGCGAGUACCAGCGCAUGGGAGUGGCCACCAAUCGCCUGGACAAUGUUUUCACCCUGGACGCCGAUUUCUAGGGCUGGUCCCAGGUCAUCAUUGUCGCAACUUAAACCACAUAAGGGCUGGCUUCUCAACUUUUCUAUUUUAAUCUGACGGAUUUUAUGUGUAGUCCGUUUUAAUUUUAACCUAUGCUAAGAACGAUCACUGACUUUUACAAUCACUUCAUCAUUACCUGGACCUCCUCAACGCGCUCAAACACAGAAAUUUUUGAUACACUUGACCAGGAGCGUAUUUUUUCGAAUUCAUUGUACAUACAACAUUCUAAAUAAAUAUAUACGUAGACAAUUAUUAAGCACUAUAA